UGUGGCAUUGCUUCAGUUUCAUGACUUUACGGUUUACCUAAAUAAAUUCUGUGGCAAAAUUCCUUAUUAAUUAAAAUAAAAAACGAUGAAGCAGUGAAAUGUAAGUGUAAAAGUACACGAAAUAUUUCACCUAUUACCGCAAAUAUAUGUACAGUUUGUUGGUCAUGUUUGUGGUUAGAUCAGUCAGCUCAUAAUUUUCUGACUCAUCAUUUGUACAGGUUUGUACAUGGCAUGUUAGCAGACGACCGUCACAUUUUUGUGCGUGCAUUCUUAACAUUCUGGUCUCUCUUGUGCAAUGACUUUCUGAGAACAUGAGACAAAGAAGAGGGUGAUGCAGAUCGGGCUUUAAUUUUGGAUUUGAUAAGAUAACAUCAUGGCAAAGGCUGUCUCGCCCACUGCCAGUGCCACAGCCGGCGUCACCAUGCGAGUCCGCAAGUCCCCAUCCAGGGACAGACAACUUGCCACGGGGCCCAUGGACACCCCGGGCCUGCCCCCAUUACCCAAAAGCCUCAGCAGUCUUCUGAACGCCAACAGUGGGACGUGGCGAGAAACGCUACGCAUACAGGCCCACAAGAACAUGAUCCAAGAGAAUCUGUCCUCCUCCAAGACUGCGGAGGAGGAUAAUUCUACGUCUUCGUCUUCCUUGUCGUCCGGGGGUGCCGCCAUCGGAUUGGGGAAGGCACCCCCAAAGAGAGGGAGACCCAAACGGGUGUCGGUUCCUCAGGGGAACCUUGACGGGGCUCUUGCUAUGCUGAGGAAAGAAAUGGUUGGACUGCGACAACUGGACAUGUCCCUGCUCAGUCAGCUGUGGUCGUUGCAUGAAUCCAUACAGGAAUAUAAAGUAGUGGUGGAGACGAUGUCUUGUAUGUCGGACCGAGACAGUAUGGAUCUGGACAGCGAAGAUCAGUCACUGAGCCCACUCAGCCCUGGCCUGCUGUCGCCGACAUCCAUGGUUUGAAGAUCUCUCACAGGUUAUUUUUUUGUUCCAACUGUUGUGCCUGAUUGCUUUGUUCCACAUUUUUGAAAGGAAUAGGAUCAUUUGCAUUUAUCACAAAAGUGACAUACUAAAUCAUGUUUUCACAAAUUUUAGGGCCAUGAUUUUCUGCUCCACUGGAAAACGGAAUGGAAUUAACAGAAUUCACUUUUUGUAACAAUUCAGCUUUUUUGGGGGGAACCCUAUGAUUUGUGUAUGGAAGGAGAUACAAACCAUUCAAAAUAUUUUCUGUAAGCCUGUUUAGCGUCAAGCAUGUUGUACAGCUUUGGGCAGUUUUUCUUUUCUGUUAAGUCUGUCGCACAAUUGUUAAGGACAGAAAUGUGGCUCAGUUCUUGUUUUUCUAGUGAACAUCCACUAUAUGACACACAUAAAAAGGGAAACGGAUUUUCCUGCACAGAUUUAUGGUUGAAACAGAACUUACAAUUUCCUGAAAUGGUAACAGACAUUUUUGAAAAUCAGCGACCCUAAAAUUUCUUUGAACAAUU